GGAUAGCUAGCCAUGGGCAGGUCUCUGUGCUGCGAUAAGGUUGGCAUCAAGAAGGGUCCUUGGACUCCUGAAGAAGAUAUCGUACUCGUGUCGUAUGUCCAGAAACAUGGCCCUGGAAAUUGGAGAUCAGUUCCUGUAAACACCGGUUUGAUGAGAUGUAGCAAGAGUUGUAGGUUAAGAUGGACUAAUUAUCUCCGACCGGGAAUCAAGCGCGGAAAUUUCACUCCACAUGAAGAAGGAUUAAUCGUUCAUCUUCAAUCAAUGCUUGGCAACAAGUGGGCAGCAAUAGCUUCAUACCUUCCCCAAAGAACCGACAAUGAUAUCAAGAACUACUGGAAUACUCACCUGAAGAAAAAGAUCAGCAAGAAUCAAGCAGAAGAUGUGUGCCAUGAGCCGGUAUUGAGAUACUGCAACACUGAUCAAAUUAGAAAUCCUGAUGUCUCUACUCCCCCCAUGUCGAACCUCAGCUCCACGACUUAUGCUUCAAGUGCGGAGAACAUCUCGAGGCUUCUCAUUGGGUGGACGAGGUCCUCCGGGAACCAAGUCGUGAAGGUUGAUCAAGGGAGUUGCCAUUCUGUUUUCAACCAAGGUCUUCCAUUGCAGGAAUCAUCCUCAGAAGCCACCUUUUGUGGGGCUCUGACUCUCCCAUUUCAUGAUGAUCAUGAAAAUCUGAGACUGGAAGCUGAACACCAACCUUUAACAGUGCUGGAGAAUUGGCUUCUUGAUGAGGCUGUAGCUCAGGCAGAUAUCCCGGCCGGUCUUUGUCUAGAUGGAAUGUACUAAUUGUCGCAGCCAUGCUUGAAUGCAUCUGC